CUGAUUGCCUUUCCUGGCCGCGCCGCCGCCGGUGACCGGGGCCGGGUAUAUAAGUGGCCGGGCGGCGCUGAGGAGGCGCAUUGUGCAGCAGCCCUCGGAUGAGCCGCUCUGUGUGACUGCGCCUCUCACCUCCUGCCUCUCUCAUGCGUCUACCGACCAUGUCCAGCAACUUCUUACUUGCGCCAAUCCCGGAGUCUGCGGAUUAUUUCACUGUCCGGGAUAUAAAAAUGGUUGUGAUGGGGGCAAGCAGUGUGGGCAAGACCGCAAUGAUUGUCCGAUUCCUCACAAAACGAUUUAUUGGAGACUAUGAAUCUAAUACUGGAAACCUGUACUCCAGGCUCGUGAGCGUAGAAGGAGAGCACAUGUCUGUGCAGAUCCAGGACACUCCGGGUUAUGUCAAGGUGGACGAUGACGUGUCGCAGGUGGCAGAUAUGUUGCGGUGCGUGCAGUCAUCAGAAGGCUUCCUAUUAGUCUACUCCAUCACAGACUACAGGAGCUUCGAGUACAUACGUCACCUUCAUCAGCACAUCCGAAAAGUCCAUUCCGACACUAAGACUCCCAUCAUCCUAGUGGCCAAUAAAGGGGACCUCCUCCACAUGAGGCAAGUGCCCUCGGAGGCCGGGAUCCAGCUCGCCAGUGAACUGGGCUGCUCUUUUGUGGAAAUUUCCACCAGCGAAAACUGUCAGGACGUUUGUGAUGUGUUCCAGCAUCUCUGCAAAGAGAUCAGCAAGCAUCAGUCCAGCAGCAACGGAGAGAAAAGACGAGGCUCCAUUAUCCCCCGACCAAAGUCCCCAAACAUGCAAGACCUAAAGCGACGCUUCAAACAGGCGUUGUCGCCGAAAGUCAAGACCCCCUCUGCCAUGGCGUAGCCUGGAACCUGUGGACUAAAGACUUAUUUUCCAAAUUUUACAGAGUAAUUUAUUUUUGUAUGGACUUUGCAGCGUGUAUGUCGGCAUGCAUACAUCAUAAAUCCGUAUUUA